AUGACGAACCAUCUUGAGCAUGAUGGCUUGGCUGAGUUUGCCAACGACUCGGAGAUGAUCCAGUGGGAUCCAAGCCUCGAUUUCUUCCAUUUUGUCGGGGAUCAGUUCUCUUCGCUGGAUGAUGAUCCCUCCUAUGGAGCUUUCCAACAAGUCCCAUCACCUUCGAUGUCGCCGCUUCCCCUUCCCCUCGCAUACGUACCUCAAGCCAUGACGGCCCCCGCGACCCCGGCUCCACCAACUCCUGCCUCGUUCAAACCUUUGCCGAAGGUGUCGGGAGAUCCAUACGAGAAUCUCUCCACUGUGGAUGACGGUGCUUCCGAAGCUCCAUUGUCCGAGCAUACUGGAGCUCCGUGCGGAAGCACUCAAUCCGUGAUGUCAUCCACAGGAGAUGAGCGUGAAACCGUCAACAGCCACGAAGACAACGAACGGCACGCAUCCCACGGGAGGGUUUCCAUGGGCGUAAAGUCGCGUGCCAGCUCGAACGCGUUCAAAUGCCGAUGGGAGCGCUGCGAGUACUCCGGUGGAUUCUCGGGUGCAGCAGCUCUCCUUCGGCACGUCAAGACAAAGCACAUCUGUCCGAAUACCUUUGAAUGCCCUGAUGAGCAGUGCUUUAGAUCUUUCAAUAGAAAGGACAACUUGGUUGCUCAUAUGCGGAAUGUGCACCGGGGAGGUGCUUGA